GCCCUCCCUUUUCCCUUUACCUCAUUACAACAUAACCAGCGUUGAUCGCCACUUGCCUGCAGCACAUCGCAUUUCAGCAGCGACUAACAGCCUAGCUCUCGUACUCAUUCCCACCCACCCGAUCCACGGAACCGGGCCUUUUGAAUCCACAACAACCACACAAUACCAGGCCGGACGCAGGGCUUUUUUUCUUCUUUAAGCAUGGAUAGCCACAACAGCAAUAGUGUCCUGCCCGCUGACACAGUCGACGUUCUUAUGCCUAACGAUUUGGACCCCAUGGACGACAACUACCAGCUCGAGGAGUCGCACUACCGUCGCUCAUCCUUCAAUCAGGACGAUGCUCACGACAGCAAUGGCGACAAUAGAAAUCGUCGAGACUCGCGUGACCGUGGCGUCCUAGAUGACAGACGAGAGAGCCGCGGGCGUAGCCGCAGUCCUAUCCGAGCGAGAGAUUAUAGUGGAGGCAGCCGGAAUGAUAGAGAUGACAAGUAUGACACGGAUCGCCGUCCUUCACAGCACGAUAAUGAUCGUGGAGGCCGUGGAAGAUCCAGAUCCAGGAGCCCUGGGCGCUCCAGCUCUGGAUCGUCGUUGAGAGAUCGACGUGUUUAUGUCGGCAAUCUGUCGUACGACGUCAAAUGGACCAACCUCAAGGAUUUUAUGCGUCAGAUUGGACCUGUCGCUCACGCCGACGUCUUGCUGGGCUCCGAUGGCCGUUCCAAAGGCUGUGGCGUGGUCGAGUAUCAGAAUGCCGACGAUGCCAAGGAAGCCAUUCGUAAACUGAACGAUGUUGUUCUGAUGGGCCGCCCUGUCUUUGUGCGUGAGGACCGUGAAUCUGAGGCAAGGAUCGGUUUCUCUGGUGGACGUGGUGCUGGCCUCGCGGCAUCGCGAGCCAGCGAAUCGGGCACUCGUCAAGUCUAUGUCGCCAAUUUGCCAUACUCGGUCAAUUGGAAGGACAUGAAGGACUUGUUCAGGAGAGCAGGACCCGUGGACAGGGCAGAUGUUUUCAUGACCAGUGACAUGCGAUCCAAGGGCUCUGGCACCGUUUCUUUUGAGAGAUCGAGCGAUGUGUCGCGGGCGGUUUCGAUGUUCAACGGAUUCGAGUGGCAUGGUCGUCGUAUCGAAGUUCGCGAGGACAAAUUCGGACCCCCUGCUGGCGGGUCUCGUGGUACAUCUCGGUAUGAGCCUUCCCGCAGCUCACGAGGCGAGGACUAUGGCCGUAGCAGCAGCAGUGGCUAUGGCGACUCGUAUGCCUAUGGAAGUGGUGGACAUGGCGGACAUGGCGGUCAUGGCGGACAUGGUGGGCAUGGCAGUCAUGGCACUCAUGGCGAUUACAGACAUGAAAGCAGCAGCAGCAGCCGACAACAUGAUCUGUAUGAUGGCAGUGCACGCUCGAGCCACCACUCCACUGGCUACAAUGACAUGGCGAUCGACUCUUCCAUCCCUUCAGGGCCUGCUGCAGGCUCUGGCGACCAGAUCUAUAUCCGCAAUUUGCCAUUUACGACCACGGAGCAAGAUCUCAAAGAUCUCUUUAAGACUUGCGGGCCGAUUCGUAUGACAGAGAUUCUUUUGUAUAACGGUCGUCCCAAGGGUUCAGGCAUUGUUCGAUUCGAGAUGUUCGAAUCCGCUGACAAGGCAGUUGCCAAGUUCAACGGAUACACAUAUGGAGGCCGUCCUCUGGAGAUCGUAUACGAUCGUUCUUGAACAACCUCACAUCUUUUUUCUUUAACCUGAACCAUUUCAUUUUUUAUUAGCAAAGACGAAUAAAUAAGAGGAGCAUUUUCAUGCACUCUGUCUUUUGGUUUUCCUGUA